AUGAUUACGCAGAAUUCCAUACCAGAGGUAAAAGAAGAUUUUAUUGGUUACGCUUUAAAUGAGAGAAGGAUCCGGUUACCGCAGUUCCGAGAUUUGGGACCAGCAGACUUGAUCACAUUAGCAAAGUACUUGCCCACUUCAAGUAAUACAAAUGCCAUAAACAGCACGGGUGGAAACAGUGGGGCCAUCACGCACGCUCCUGCAGCCGAUGGUUCUGCCGCUUCCAUGGUAACCAAUGGAGACACUAGUGACGCCGCCAUUACCACGAAUUCCACAGCAGCAUCUAUAUACAGUAACAGCAGAAGUGCCAAUGAUGCAGCCCCAAUGGUUGCUGAGCUCCAUCCACUUAAUAAACUGAAGGGCGAAGUAGGAACUUUUUUUUACUCCAUGGGUGUCGAUACCUCCGGUCCAACUUCAAUCGCCAUCUUUCUGAAGGAAAUAUCAGAGAUCAUCACUGAGAAGCCUCAAGUUUGGUUUGGCAAGAAGAAAACCUUUAAUGUUGCUCGGAUUUCAUUUUCCACUUGGAAUGCGUUCAGGAGAUGCGAUAUAAAUGUCAUCGUUCAUAUCCCGGGAACCAUCCAAAACUUUAUAGUGGAUUGCAACGGUGAAAGCCAGAAUAUAGAAAUGCGUGCCGAUCAUGAUUUAAUUUGGGCGGAAACUUUCGUAAGUGGCGUGGUAAGGUCAAUCAUGUUAAUGAAGGAAAACGCUGAAGAGGGGGAAUUACAAAAUUUAGUGGAGACUUUGAUUUUGAACCCGUUUACUGCAGGAAAAAUCGACGAUGUGCCAGAAAUGUUCAUUGAUUUGUUCCCUAUAAUUUACCAUAAGGGCCCAUCAUUAGGCGCUCCUUAUUAUAUCGCCAAUGUAACAAACACUAAUAACUAUUUGGUAGAAACACUCGUGGAGAUAGUUAAAUUGACUCGUAGCGUUAACAGGGCGGAAAUAAUGUUGAAAAAUCUGGCCACCGAAAACCCUGAGGCGAUCAUAAUACUGAUCAAGAUCUUCUUGGUGUGCGAUCUCGAAAUAGACGCAAUAAAGCUCACAUAUGAUAUGCUUUCGCAAGGUGAAAAAACAAUCAACACUAAUAACCACAUGGGUUAUAGAUCAGAAUUACUGUGCUUACAGGCGCAAUUUUUGAUAGAUAAAAGACAAGAUUACGCAUUAGGGCAAAAUAUAGCACAGGAGGCAGUCAAUUGUUCUCCAAGUGAAUUCAGACCCUGGUAUAUUUUAUCCAAGGUGUAUGUAAAGUUAAAUGAUAUCGAAAAUGCCUUGCUGAUACUGAACUCAUGCCCCAUGUCUCCCUUAAAGGAAAAGUACGUAUUGAAAAGAGUGGCUCCGUUGCACUCCAAUAAUAGUCUUCAUUUACCUUUGCCAAUUGACGUCGUACUGGAUGAAGUGACGUCGUUGAAUCCGCAAGAUGUUCAGAAGGAACACCGCUCUGCAGAUCCAAUGUUGGUCAAUUUAGCUGCUUCCAAUUUGAAAUCUACUUUCCAAUUGGCAUACCGAUUAUUGACGGAAAUUGUGCAAAUCACCGGCUGGGAAAAUCUGUUAAAGUAUAGGUCAAAUAUUUUCGUUAUGGAGGAUGAAUACCAAAAUUCAUCAUCCUCGUUAUCAAAGGGCGUUAACGAACAAGAAGAACAGCCUCUGAGGGCAAAAAGGCUUUGUGAAAGAUGGUUGGACAACCUCUUCAUGCUUUUAUAUGAAGAUUUAAAGGUGUAUACAUUAUGGCAAACCGAACAACUGUACAUGGACGCACAGAACAACAACCACAAUAAACUGACUUUCGAAUGGGAGUUAUUCGGCCUUUGUGCACGUCGAUUGGGCCAUUUCCCUGAAGCCGCCAAGGCAUUCCAGAACGGCUUAUCACAGAGAUUUUCAUCAAGGUGCGCGAGAAAGCUACUGGAAUAUUGUAUAAACGAACGUCAGCGGGUCAAAAUUUUUAUAAACUCACCUAAUUCGCAUGACAUGGUCCCUGAGAUGGUAAGCUCGCGCAUAAGAGAAUUGGACAAUAGCAUUAUCGAUCUCUGCGUGAAAAUAUGCUGUUGGAACCAUCGUUGGUAUACUGAAUUCUCCAUAAGUUUACUUGACUCUUUAAGUGUGGUCAUUCAAGAUAUGGGUCUGACCAAAGUUUCCAAUGAAAUCUCGUCGAGAUACCCGGAAACGGUCCUCAAAUUGGUUCAGGAGAACUUGCUUGAUUUCUUCAAAAAUGUUUGCACGAAUGGAUGCUACGAUGCAUAG